AUGCCGUCAUUCUCCAAUGAGUAUCCUUCCCCGACGGCUACAGCUACCGCUACACAUCCCCGUUCAAUUGGCGUGCCUCAGGAUAGACCCCACGAUAAAAACUCGGUAGGGAACACUUUCGUGUGGACACAUUGGCCCAAUGGUGACUCCAAUCACCUUGACACUCCGACGGAUCGCCAUGUCGCUAAUGGUAGCACUUAUCCUCUGGCUGGACCCCGAUCAAGCGCCAGCUCCUACAAUCGAGAAUUCUUACAGUCCAAGGACGGAAGCCUGCACUCGUUAGGGAAUGGGUUCGCUCGGGAGCCGAAGGAAGGGAGACCAUCAUCCACUUCCAUGGACAGGGAGCUCCCCCGCAAGUCGUCCGAUACGGGGGUUGACUCAGCAACGACUUCCAUUGCCAGCCAUCAGGCUAAUGGAACAUUGGUUGGCCACAGAUCACUCAAAGGAAAACAUAUGGUAAAUGGGGAUUAUUCACGACCAUCUGUUGAUGAAAUGGUUCACUCGGACACAGCGGGCAAUCCUGCAAUAGUACAACUGUCGACAUCCUUCCCGGACAACAGUGGUUGCCUUUCUCCAGAUCAUGGUGGCCUGUCCCCGACCCAAAAAGGUACUUAUCGGCAUUCGUCUCCCCCAGUCGCCACGGGAGUCAAUCGCAGCAAUACCCAGGACUCGGUAAAUUCUAGCGUUCGAAACAGACAUACAUUACAAGUCCCGAGGACGACCAGUGGUCGUCGAAGUAGUCGUGAUCAGCCGGACGAGGCUGCGUACAGCAGUGGCCGCCUAUCUCCGACGGCGGGAACACGUCGCCCAUCUCUCGGGCUGGCUCGCCGAACCACCAGAACGAAUCAGUCUGAUAUUCUGUUGGACGAAGCAAACCCGGACGAAGAUGCAGCUCGUUGGGCGGAAGCCAUCAAACAAAGGAGAGCAUCAAGAAGGAGGCGCCGAGAUGAGGAAGAUGAUGAUAGGGUUGUCGUCGGAACUAAAGUUGAUCGAAACCACGUCAAUUGGGUCACGUCCUAUAAUAUGCUCACUGGAAUCCGGUUCACUGUGUCCAGAAUCAAUGCAAAAAUGGAUCGUGAAUUGACUCCUGCUGACUUUGACGCAAAACACAAGUUCUCUUUUGAUAUAACCGGGAACGAAUUGACGCCAUCUGCUCAGUAUGAUUUCAAAUUUAAAGACUACGCGCCCUGGGUUUUUCGUCAUCUACGAUCGAAAUUCCGACUAGAUCCUGCUGACUACUUGAUAUCACUUACGAGCAAGUAUAUUCUCUCGGAGCUGGGCUCUCCAGGGAAAAGUGGCAGUUUUUUCUACUUUUCAAGGGACUACAAGUAUAUCAUCAAAACGAUUCAUCACGCUGAACAUAAGUUGUUGCGAAAGGUCCUCCCUGAAUACUACAAACAUGUGGAACAAAACCCGAACACCUUGAUAUCGCAAUUCUACGGUCUCCACCGAGUUAAGAUGGCCUAUGGCCGCAAGAUCCAUUUUGUUGUGAUGAACAAUCUUUUCCCACCGCAUCGCGAUAUUCAUUCCACAUUCGACCUCAAGGGGUCUAUGAUUGGCCGCGAAGUGAGUGAAGAAUAUAUCAAAGACCACCCACGUUCUACGAUGAAGGACCUGAACUGGCUUCGGAGAAAUCGUCAAUUAGAAUGCGGCCCUGGGAAACGGGAAUUCUUCCUUGCCCAGCUCAAGCGCGAUGUGGAACUGCUGAAGCGACUAAGAAUUAUGGACUACUCACUUCUUGUGGGUAUACAUGAUUUGGAGAAAGGAAACGAGGAAAAACUCCGCGAUAAGACCCUCCAGGUAUUCCAACCUGGAGCCGACCGCGAAGAAGAUAUCCAUCCCAACAUGUUGAUGCGCACCCCAUCGAAGCUUGAGAACGAACGCAAGGCGCGGGAACUUCGAAUGUUGAUCCAGAAAGAGCGCCCCGUGCCCCUCGAUAAGGCGACUGCAAAGAUGCCGGACGAAAUUCUCGACGAACGCAAGUUCCACGUUUUCUACUCCGAUGACGGUGGCUUUCGAGCCACACAUGAAGAUGGCCAGCCUGGUCAAGAGAUCUAUUAUCUAGGGAUCAUUGAUUGUUUGACACACUAUGGCACGGUUAAAAGAGUAGAGCACUUCUUCAAAGGCUUGACUCAUGAUCGAACACAAAUAUCUCCUAUCCCUCCAGAGGGCUACGGAGAUCGAUUUGUCAACUUCAUUAGAAGAAUCACAAUGUCCGAGGAAGAGGCACAAAGGAUUCGGGAGACAGAAGUGGUGGAGCAAAAUAACGCUGUCAAUCAAUCAACACCGCACACCCAACACCAACCGACGGCCGCAGCAUCCGGCCCUGCUACACUUCCAAUUGUUGAUGAAGCCGGUGAGGCUAGCAGUGUUGGUGGGCACAGUCAGCGUAGUCCACGGUCUCCCUCGCCCGGCCUAAACAAAGAUCUGCCACCACCACCGAAUGGACCUGACGCGGAGCUGUUGGAAAAGCAAAAUGGCACUUGUCAGAACGGACAGAGUCUCUCGAUUUCGGUCUGA